UUCCCGUUCAUUUUCAGGCACAUUUUCGAGGACCGCCGUAGAAUUCGAACUCCAUUUGCGAAUCGGAAACCCUCCAGCAGAUAGUAGUUCCUUCACUUCCAACAGCCGUUGUAUUGCUUCCUCUUCUGUGUCUGCUCCGGAUAACAUAUCAUCAACGUACAUGUCUUCUAACACCAUCUUGGACGCGAUUGGAAAACGAUGCUGCUCCUCAGUUGCCAGCUGCACCAAACAUCUUGUCGCGAGAAAUGGUGCAGCAGCGGUUCCAUAUGUCACAGUGACUAACUCCAACACUCUCAAUGGUUUUAAAGGAUCAUCUCUCCAAAAAAUCCUCAAGAACCGGGUUUGGUUACGGUCAAUCUUAAUCUGCCGGUACAUUUUUGUUAUGUCACCAGAAAAUCCAAACACGUGCUGUCGGAAACGCAAGUUCACGGCAAAUAUAUCGUUCUGCACAGUUGGACCGGUUUUCAUCACAUCGUUGAGGGAGUAGUGUGAAUCCUUCACGCUCGCGUCGAACACCACCCUUACCUUUGUCGAGGAGCUCAUCAGCUUAAACACCGCAUGGUGUGUUGUCCCAUCUCCCUUACGUGAAAAUCACGUACGCAUUUGAAUUCAUUUUGACAGUCCAGUUUCUUGUUCAUUCUAUAAUGGAUGAAAGGCAAGAUGGCGUCUGUUGGAAACAAAGUGCAAGAGCUGCUUUCAGAUUAGGGAAUUACGCGACACUUAUUUAAAGUGGAGUCGAUUUAGCAUCACGCCGGAUCAACUUCGCAAGUGUUUGGGACGAACAAAAGUUCCUUCGUAAUAUUCGGUGCUGCAUUAAAUAAAUUGAUCUUGCUGAACACGAAAAAAGUCAAAACUUGUUAUUUUGCUUAUGUAGCUGAAACCGGGAUAUCAUCUACAACUUACCGGUGAUGCUAAUAUUACUGCUUCGGUUGCAUUUACCGAGAGCAAUCAAGUCAAGCUACAAAUUUCUCAGGUUCCAUCUAACGACAGCUCAAUUUUAACGGACGACAACAAUCCGGGAUGUGUAAUAUCGUUGCCUGCUCGUGUGUAUGAACCAGCAGCUGCUAAAAUCCAACUGUUGAUGACGAAAACGAACGCAAAUACAGGCCCACUACACCACCAGGAGCAAUAAGAAACGAAGAUGGUUAUAGAGCACCACACAGCACUGAAUACAUCCAAUCGCGAGGUAUAAUCGAUGAGCCACCCAGGGGGAAAGAUUUUUACCACACCAGCCCAACGCUUACAGCAGAACCACGGUACAUCACAAUCCAAAAGGAAGGUUCAGUUGACAUUCGACUGGUUAGUGGUAACGAGGCGUCAGCAAUUAAAAGUGUAGAAACAUUGCUGGAGCCGAGAUACUGUCUUAGGGGUGAAGCGAAUGCUGUUAGUGAUCUAAGCAAUCGACGAAUCUACCUGGAUUCUAACAAGCCUGCGCAUGAGAAUGAUCUCCAAUUUCCUUCAACUUCGAAAAGUAGUUCCGGAGCUGUUUAUCUUGAUACCAACGAAACAUCGGCACCAGAAAUCGACAGUGAUACAGAUUCGUUUGAGGAAACUGAAGCAGAUGAUACCUGUCGGUUUUCGGAAUCAGAUUUUUUGAACGAAGAAGAGCAAAAUCAACAAAAAAGUGAAGGCACAGAACUCUCUUCCACCGCUGCAGCUAUUACGCAUCUACCACGCGACUGCAAUGUUUUUUUUUUGUCUUAGAAAAGUUGCUGAAUAAUUCCGAAGAAGGAAAGGAAAUUUUGAUGUGUGCUGCAAAAGCAGAACUUUCUGAAACUAAGCAGCUUGAGCUCGCUAGUAUUAUUUCGAAAUAUCAUUUGAACAACAUAAAGAAGCUACUAAGUGGAGAUCUUAGAACAUACGCCCUGGCUGUCACAUCACUUCUUAAGUUCGAACGCCUGGAGAACUAUUUUAUCCCAAGAAGCGGGGAUCGAAAAAACCACGGCGGAAAGAUAGCCAACAAGAUUGGCAACUUGAAGCAAAGAAAGCGUAAGCGUGAGGCGAAAGAGACGGAAUACCAAGCAACAAAACACACAACAAUUGAUCCCCAACCUGAAAGGAACACUGAUGCUGAGCAAGCGGUAGAAUGGUUGAUAUUGAACAGUGAGCCGUGGGCCGUAGUCCUUGAUAAGUGGAAAACCAGCUACGAUGCACGAAAAAAUAAUUUGUUGAUGCGAAAACGUAUUCUACAAAUUUUCACAACAUAUCCACAAUACAAAUGCCAGCAUGGGUUUCAACUGAUCGAUAUUGAUUUUCAAAAGGUUUUUCCAAAAGCGGAGAAUGGAUUAAAAAAAAUUGCGCAGUUGAUACCGCAAAUAACAGAGUAUAUUUCCAAGGAAGCCGUAGACCCAUCAGCUGUAUCUCUACUCAAACGAUUAAAAGACGAAGGUGCGAAUAAUGAUAAGAAAACUUGUGCGCUUUUGUUAGCGCUAAGUACCGUACUGUCACCAAUUUCGGUUGCAUCUCGUUUCAAACCUACUAUCUUGGUUGGACAAGAAGAUACGCUGAUUUUCAAUUCCAAAGAGCAAGCUGAAUCUAAAAUUAAAGAAACGUAUCGAAGUUACGCAGAGCUGAAUCUUCCAAUCAUUCCAAAAUUAGUUGUGGUGGGAGAGAACUUGGACCAGUUACAGGGAACGUUCAUUGUCUGGUACGACGACCUGUACUAUGAGCUUCCAUCGGCAUCAAGAGCAGUUGACGUACUAAUUAAACUGACUGCCGUUUUCGGCCUUCCGUUUUCAAAAAUUUCGAAGUUGGUUUGGCACUUUAUUAGCGGUUACAUUUACGGAAUAGAGCAACGAGAAUCCUACGCCGCUAUCAACAGACUUCAGACGUAUCUUGAGGAGAGAAAAGUGCACAGUGAGGUUUGAGUAUGACUCGUAUCAUAUGUAUGAUAUCUGGUUGCACGGUCCUCUCUGCAACGCCAAAUGAUUAUCUUACACAUCUAAAGGCCUUCCAUCAUGUUCCGUCCAUAUAUCAAUAUAGAUGUACGAUAUCCAAAUGUCGACAAGUUUUCUCUAAGGUAUAUCCGUUCAAAAAACAUGUUAGUCAUCAUAUCGGGUUCCACGAUAACAGUAGUGAACUAACUAACAGUAGUAUUAAUCAGCAUGAUCCGUCAUCCCUGGUGCAUCUAUCGGAACUGCCUGAAGCGAAACGUUCAGUAUUAGAGCAUGCUGAAGCUAGCUCAUCGAAAAUUAUAUGUAUGGAAAGCGGUGAUGAUCAGUCAUCCCAUGUGAUCCAAGAUCCAAUAAACAUUUUUAAUCAAAUGGUGUUAAAACUAACCCUGUUCAUGCACAAACAUAACAAUUUUACGCGAAAAGAUGUUUAUCAGAUUCAAAAUGAAAUAAGCUAUUUGUUUUCAGAAGUAGCGGUCGAAUUAGAAAAGCUCAAACAGUAUGUUAUUGAUCCAGAUAAUAGUUUCAACUUUCAAAGACAAGUUGAUAUGAUGAAAACCGUAUUUGACUUUGUAAAUACAGAUCAUAAGUUUUUUAAGUGUUUGAAGAAUAGCGUAGGAUUUGAACUACCAACUAUGUGCACGAUAGAGAAAAAUAACGAUAUAGCUUUUAAAUUAUUAGACAUCGAACAUGACAGCGAUAUAGUUCAUGCAAAUAAUUACUUGAUUAUAAUGCCUAUCGAAUUUCAAAUCAAAUCUUUUUUUGAAUGUGGUGAUAUAUUAAAAAUCACCUUGCAGAAUACAGAAAAACUGCGAAAAUCGACUGAAAUCUCGAAUUAUAUACAUGGGAGUACGUGGAAAGCUAUCGAACGAAAAUAUGAAAAUGAAUACGUGCUCCCACUAUGGUUAUAUGCCGAUGAAUAUGAAAUCAAUGAUUCGCAAAGUUCACACAGUAAUAGGCACAGCGUUUGCGGAAUAUACUAUAAAUUUCCUUCAAUACCUAAAGAAUUUCAAUCCAGGUUAUGUAACAUUUUUGUGGCUGGUAUGGUUAAGAAAUCAGAUAUUAAGGAAAUAGGAAUGAAUAAGCUUAUGCAUGCUUUAGUCGAGAGAUUCAAACGAAUUGAGAGUGCAGGGAUUAAUAUUUUUCUCGAUGGAGAAACAGUACUUGUAAGAUUUGUGCUAUGUUUGAUACAAGGUGACAAUUUGGGUGUUCACUCGAUGCUGCUUUUCUCAAAUGGAUUUAAUGCUACAUUUUAUUGCCGCUUCUGCAGGCGACCCAAAGUUCUUUUGAAGACGGAUUGUCGUGAGCAUGCAGAUUGUCUUCGUCGAAGGCAAGAUUAUGCUUUAGAUUUAGAAAUGGGGCAGCCUAGCGAAACAGGUAUACACGGUAAUGCCGUUUUUAACGAGCUUCUCUCUUUUCAUGUUGUAGAAAAUUUGAGCGUUGAUGCGAUGCACGAUUUUUACAGUUCAGGUAUUUGCAAGUCCGGUUUGGUUGAAAUCUUAGACUAUUUUAUCUACAACAAGAAAUACUUCACUCUACAUGAUUUUAAUAUGAACAGAAAAAGUCUAGGAAAAGUCUGUAUAGAUAGUGAACUUUCUCGAAUGCCAGAUAUAGUUGAAGGUUACAGCAGUAAGGAAAAGCGUAAAACGGUCCAAAUACGCCUAACUUCUAGUGAAACACGUAUACUGACACAUUAUAUUACUUUAAUCAUUGGCACAUUUGUGCCAAAUGAUGACAUGGUUUGGAAAUACUGCUUAACGUUAGUAAAAUUAACUGAGUUCUACCUAAGAAGUACGUUUUCAAUUAAUAUGAUUGAUCAAUUGCGACGAUUGAUUAGCGUGCACCAUAGUAUGUACAUUGAUGUAUUUAAGAGAGAGCUUAAGCCUAAGCAUCAUUUUCUAGUGCAUUAUCCUUCGGUUAUUAUAGCAUCAGGACCAGUGGAAGAUAUGAUGUGUUUUAGAUAUGAAGCCAAGCACAGAGCUUUUAAACAGUAUGCUCAUAUAAUGUCUUCACGAAAAAAUGUGUGUUACACUCUUUGCAUAAAAGCUUCAUUACAAUUUGCAUAUGAUUUGUUAAAUCAAAGUUUUUUGAAAGGUCUUGUCACAGGAGAUUUCAAGGUGUUUGAUUUGCGUCUACGUAAUUAUUUUUGUAAACUAAUGCAACCAUUAAAUAUAGAUUCCGAUUUUAGUAUGAUGAUGGCAAGUAGUGUUGAAUACAAAAGAACUAAUUAUAGGGCUGGAUAUUUUAUGACUCUAUUCGAAAAACAUAUGAUGUACUUGGUUCAAGUCAUUGAAUUUAUUAUGUGUAGUAACGAGAUAUAUUUAA